AUGAUUCCUACUCGGGCACGCAUGCCCGCUCUUCGGAGCUUGUCCAGGUCUAAUGUUCGGACUCUCACAACCACUCUUCCUCGCCUCCAGAAUGUCGACAAGGCCCUCAACAAGGUCUCCCGCACUAUCACCCAACCCAAGUCACAGGGUGCUUCCCAGGCAAUGCUGUACGCAGUUGGCUUGAAAGAGGAGGACAUGAACAAGGCCCAGGUCGGAAUUUCGUCAGUGUGGUUCAACGGUAACCCUUGCAACAUGCAUCUGCUUGACCUGAACAACAAGGUCCGCCAGGGUGUUCAGGAUCAGAACUUGAUUGGCUUCCAGUUCAACACUGUCGGUGUCAGUGAUGCGAUCAGUAUGGGUACCCCCGGUAUGCGUUACUCUCUGCAGAGUCGUGAUCUUAUUGCCGAUUCCGUCGAGACCGUGAUGGGUGGACAAUGGUACGAUGCCAACAUCAGUAUUCCUGGCUGUGAUAAGAACAUGCCCGGUGUUCUGAUGGCUAUGGGCCGUAUCAACCGCCCCAGUCUUAUGGUUUACGGUGGAUCCAUUAAGCCCGGCUGCGCUGCCACCCAGAACAACGCCGAUAUCGAUAUCGUGUCUGCUUUCCAGGCCUACGGUCAAUUCCUUACCAAGGAGAUCACCGAGCCCCAGCGCUUUGACGUCAUCCGCCAUGCCUGCCCCGGCGAGGGAGCUUGUGGUGGUAUGUACACUGCUAACACCAUGGCCACCGCCAUUGAGACCAUGGGAAUGACCCUUCCUGGUUCAUCCUCCAACCCAGCCAACUCCCAGGCCAAGUACGUUGAGUGCCUCGCGGCUGGUGGUGCUAUCAAGAGACUGCUUGCUGAGGAUAUUCGCCCUCGCGAUAUUCUUACUCGUCAGGCCUUUGAGAACGCGAUGGUUGUUGUCAACAUCACUGGUGGCUCGACCAACGCCGUGCUGCACUUGAUUGCCAUCGCUGACUCAGUCGGCAUCAAGCUCACUAUUGAUGACUUCCAGACCGUGUCCGACCGCAUUCCUUUCCUGGCUGAUCUCAAGCCCUCUGGAAAGUACGUCAUGGCUGAUCUCCACGCCAUUGGUGGUACCCCAGCACUCCUGAAGUUGCUCCUGAAGGAGGGUCUUAUUGAUGGCUCUGGUAUGACCGUUACUGGUGAGACCAUGGCUCAGAACCUGGCGAAGCUUCCCGACUUCCCCGAGGACCAGAAGAUCAUCCGCCCCUUCUCCAACCCUAUCAAGAAGACUGGUCACAUUCAGAUCCUCCGUGGUUCUCUGGCCCCUGGUGGCAGUGUCGGCAAGAUCACCGGUAAGGAGGGCAUGGCCUUCACCGGAAAGGCCCGUGUGUUCGACAGCGAGGACGACUUCAUUGCCGCUCUGGAGCGUGGUGAAAUCAAGAAGGAAGAGAAGACCGUUGUUGUCAUUCGCUACUGCGGUCCCAAGGGUGGCCCUGGAAUGCCUGAAAUGCUCAAGCCCUCCGGUGCGCUCAUGGGUUACGGUCUCGGUAACUCCUGUGCCCUCAUCACCGAUGGCCGCUUCUCUGGUGGUUCCCACGGUUUCCUGAUCGGUCACAUUGUCCCUGAGGCUGCCGUUGGUGGUCCCAUCGGUCUUGUGAACGACGGCGAUAUCAUCACCAUUGAUGCCGAAAAGCGCAUUCUUGAUGUCGAGCUGACCGACGCUGAGUUUGCCGACCGCAAGCAGAAGUGGGAAGCCCGCAAGGCUGCUGGCGAUCUCCCUGAGACUGGUCUUACCAUGCGUGGUACUCUGGGCAAAUAUGCCAGAAACGUUAAGGAUGCCAGCUUGGGCUGCAUCACCGAUUCUGUAGAGUAA